UUCAAUCAAUUCCUGUUCUAAUGAAACGUUUUAUUGGAAAUAUAACGCAAAACGAAGACUGUUUAGUAUUAAAUGUGUGGACACCUAAUGGUAACGAAAAAUCAGAUGUUUUAAAACCGGUUAUGUUUUGGAUUCACGGCGGAGGUCUUAAAAUUGGAUCCAGUUUUCAAUGGGUAUACAAUGGCAGUGCACUGGCAGCACAUGAUGUGGUGGUUGUCUCUGUUAACUAUAGGGUGGAUGUGUUUGGGUUUAUAUAUGGAGGAAACGAGUCGUCAGCUCAGGGAAAUAUGGGACUAUUUGAUCAGUUAUUAGCACUUAAAUGGGUCAGAGAAAACAUACAUUUGUUUGGCGGAGAUAAAGAAAAGGUUACAAUAUUUGGUGAAAGUGCCGGCAGUAUGUUUGUAUCAACACAUUUGAUAUCACCGCUAUCUAAAGGUCUAUUCAAGAGAGCUAUUAUGGAAAGUGGUGGACAUUUUUAUAAUAAACUACGACAACCAUUAAAUACUACCGAAGCUAUGCAACUAAGUGUUGAAUUGGCCAAACAGUUUAAUUGUACGACCAGUCAAUGGUUGGACUAUGUCGACAUAAUAGCUGGUAUCGCCAGACACGAGGGGUCCGGGUUCUUGUAUGGAGGAGGUCUAGUGCCACACAAUAUUAGCAAAAAAGAUUUCAUGGUAUUAGUAGAUUAUUUUGAUAAGACAUCACAUAAUCUUAAUGCCAGUGAAAUAACUGAGUUUUAUUUGGCCAACAAAACCUCAUCACAUGAUAUUGAGUGGGCUGUGUAUGAUCUUUAUGGUGAUCUAAUUAUGACGUGUCCCACCUAUUUGUUUGCUAAAAAUUAUGCACAACAUACCGAUGCCGACAAUAAUAAUGUCUACUUCUAUGAAAUCACUUAUCAACGUUUGACAACUGCAAUAGGUUUUAUCAAAGAGAUGGAUGUGACCCAUACAGCUGAACUUGAUUUUGUGUUUGGCCUACCAGUGCUCAAACCAGAAAUAAGUGAUACUGAAGUAGAUGUCAAAUUCAGUAAACUUUUAAUGAAAUUAUGGACUGAUUUUGCUAAAUAUGGCAAACCAUCUACUGUUUGGCCAAAAUUGGUUGAUACUAGAGAUCCUAAAUAUGUGCCCGAAAUCUAUGACUUAAAUCCCAAUACAGAUAAACAUAUAUUUAACAAUUUGUUUAGCAAAACAUGUGAUGGCUUUUGGAAAAAUUAUUAUAAUUAA